CUGAGCUUCAAAAGCACUGAAACUUAAGAGAACCAUGACGGAUCUCUCGGCCUCCUCCCCGGUCCCUGACCCCGCUGUGGUGGACCCCUUCUCGGCCGUGCGGAACGGCCGCUGCGCCGCUGCCCUGGAGCCCAGCCCGGCCAGGAGAGACGGCGAUGUGUGCGCUACGGAGCAAGACCAGGAGAUGAAGAUCACAGACAGUGUGGAGGGGCAGGGUCUGUUAGAGAGCAGUAUGCGUCUGAAACCACAUGAAGCUCAAAGCUACAGGAAGAAGGCCCUGUGGGUGUCGUGGAUUUCCAUUGUGGUGACGCUUAUCCUGGCAGUGGCAGCGUUCACUGUAUCCUUCAUGAGGCACAGCGCAUCCGCCUUCGGAUUUGCUUUCGAUGCUACGUUAGAUGUGCUCUCAUCCAUCAUAGUGCUCUGGCGCUACAGCAACGCAGCAGCUGUGCAUUCUGCCCACAGAGAAUACAUAGCCUGUGUGAUAUUGGGGGUAGUGUUUCUUUUGUCCUCCAUGUGUAUCCUGGGAAAAGCCAUCCAUGACCUGGCCACUAAGCUCCUGCCUGAAGUGGAUGACUUCCUCUUCAGUGUAUCUAUUGUGAGCGGGCUCACGUGUGUCGUCCUGGCUGUUGUUAAGUUCAUGCUGGGGAGAGUGCUGACGAGCAGAGCCCUAAUCACUGAUGGUUUUAACUCCAUGGUUGGAGGGAUUAUGGGUUUCUCCAUCCUCAUCAGUGCAGAAGUCUUUCGGCAUCACCCUGCUGUCUGGUUUUUGGACGGCACCGUUGGCGUUCUGAUUGGGCUCAUCAUCCUAGCUUAUGGAAUAAAGUUGUUAAUUGACAUGGUACCACGAGUACGGCAAACCAGGAACUACGAACGUUUUGAGUAAGCAUGAUUGAGAAGAUGUAGGAGAAGUGGGUACCCAUGCUGUAAUGAUCAUCACCCUCAUUCUCUCACACCUCCACCUCCAACACACACAAGCACACACUCAUUUGCAUACAAUCAGAUCCAAGAGCGAAGGGUCCCAACGGUCUUCUUCAUCUGAGCAGCUGUUCUGAGACUAAUCAUCACAUGCUUCACCUGAUCUUCAAACUCAAUCUAUCAGCCAGGAGCACCUCAACAGAAGCAGAAGGAGAAGCUAUGGAAGCUCAGAAUAAGGUCACUGGAUAAAGGCCUUGGCAAAGGCAAACUUUUUUCUUUAUAUUUUUUUUUGUCUGGUGUGAUAUUGAUAUAUUCUUGAGAUUCUUCGAGGCUCUUCUCCAUCAACGUUCUGUCAGGUUUUUCUAAAAUCCAUUAAUUUGCUCCACUCAGCUGCAGGACACUGUGUUCUUCCAGUUGUGGUCAUAUGGGUGUCUUGCUGUUUCUAACCUCAGCACAUCACCCCUCCCUAAAAUCCUUCUUCCCUGUUUUCCAACUAACAAAGCCCUGUCGACCCCAAACCAAAUUAAAAUUCGUUACAAAUAUUCACUGACAGAUAAGGUUAAGCAGCCAGGAUUUGCAGAGUUACAAAACUAGCCCUUGAUACCUGAAACCCUAGAUGGCUCCAACGAUAAAGCACAUAAGAAGCUUCAUGGACUCUUGCCCAGGUUCAUGCAGGGUCCAUUGUUAGAGUGAACAUGGCAGUCAAGGGACCAAUACGUACCUCAAAACAAGAGGACUAAGUCAGCAAGUAGACAGGAGAGUCCCAAAACUGCUGAGAUACAGACAAGAUAUGGAGAUCGGGGACCAAUUGUAUACACCAUACCUGCAAUGCAUGUAAAUGGUGUCAUUUAGCAUUCCUACCAUAUCUGUGUUAGCAUAGGGAGAAGCUACACUGCAGCACUGUAAGAAAUAAGUCAGCCCAACUUAAAAUUGUAAGGUAACUGAUUACACUGUUUUUCUUGAGUAAACUCAGCUUGAGGACAUCAGAGUUCACCCUUCUCAAACUUCUUAGCUCAGUCUCUCAUUUCUAGUUCUGCAUAUCAGUUAGGUAAACAAUAUAGAAUUAAAUUUUUUACUCAGUUAUCCCACUAGCUGGGACUCUGCCCAUCACACA